ACGACAAACACAGCCAGCAAAAUCAUGUCAGCGAAACAGACUAGCAGUGGUCUCUGGUUGGGAAUUGUCCUGGUCGCGAUGCUUUUGCCGCUCUCCGAGUGCCAGUACUACGGAUAUCCCUACUACGGAGGGGCUAAUGCGGGAGUGGGAUCGGCGUACGGGAACACGUACGGCAGCGGCAUGUACGGAUACCCCUACAGCUACGGCGGAUAUCCCUACUACUCGUACCCCAGCUACAACCCGUACUCGAUGUUUGGCGGAGGCGGUGGAUACGGCCAAUACGGGUACCCCUAUGGAGGAUAUCCCUACGGCGGCAACGGCAUGAAUGUGGCCUACGCCAGCAGCAGUGGAGGAUUCGCAACAGCCAGUGCGGGCGGAAAUGGAUACUACGGCUGA